AUGUCUGACAAAGCUCAAAACCCUAUGCGUGAUCUUUUGAUCGAGAAAUUGGUCCUAAACAUUUCUGUCGGUGAAUCCGGUGACAGAUUGACCAGAGCUUCUAAGGUCUUAGAACAAUUGUCUGGUCAAACUCCAGUCCACUCCAAGGCUAGAUACACUGUUAGAACUUUCGGUAUUAGAAGAAACGAAAAGAUCGCUGUGCAUGUUACCGUUAGAGGUCCAAAGGCCGAAGAAAUCUUGGAAAGAGGUUUGAAGGUCAAGGAAUACCAAUUGAGAAACAAGAACUUCUCUGCUACUGGUAACUUCGGUUUCGGUAUCCAGGAACACAUUGACUUGGGUAUCAAGUACGAUCCAUCUAUUGGUAUUUUCGGUAUGGAUUUCUACAUUGUUGUUGGUAGACCAGGUAACAGAGUUGCAAGAAGAAAGAGAUGUAAGGCUGUUGUCGGUAACUCUCACAAGACUUCCAAGGAAGAUUCUAUUGCUUGGUUUAAGCAAAGAUACGAUGCUGAAGUCUUGGACAAAUAA